AUGUCUGCUGCUCAGGAAGAUGAUGUCUGUAAUCAUGUGAAAGUGGUGGUCCGUGUCCGUCCAGAGUCUCAAAAGGAAAAAGAUGGCAACUUUAGCAAGGUUGUUCAUGUUGUUGACCAGCAUAUAUUGGUCUUUGAUCCAAAGGAGGAGGAAGUUAGCUUCUUUCACGGGAAGAGACUGACCCAUAGGGAUAUUAAUAAGAGAAAAAAGAAAGAUCUGAAAUUUGUGUUUGAUGCUGUUUUUGCUGAGAGUUCAUCCCAGUUGGAAGUUUUUGAGCAUACUACCAAAAGUCUAAUUGAUGGUUUCUUAAACGGAUAUAACUGCACAGUGCUUGCGUAUGGUGCAACGGGAGCUGGAAAGACUCAUACAAUGUUAGGUUCCCCUGAAGAUCCUGGAGUGAUGUAUUUAACCAUGAUGGCGCUUUAUAAUUGCAUGGAUCAAAUAAAAGAAGAUAAAAUAUGCAAUGUUGCAGUCUCUUAUUUAGAGGUCUACAAUGAACAGAUCCGUGAUCUGCUGGUAAACUCGGGACCUCUGGCUGUUCGUGAAGAUACCCAGAAAGGGGUGGUAGUUCAAGGGCUAACAUUACAUCAGCCUAAAUCGGCAGAGGAAAUCCUUCAAAUGUUGGAUUAUGGAAAUAAAAAUAGAACACAGCAUCCCACAGAUGUAAAUGCCUCCUCUUCCCGGUCCCAUGCUGUCUUUCAGAUUUAUCUAAGGCAGCAAGAUAAAUCAGCUAGUAUUAAUCAGAAUGUUCGCCUCGCCAAAAUGUCUCUCAUUGACCUGGCAGGAUCUGAACGUGCCAGUGUGACAAAUACCAAGGGGGCUCGUUUUAGAGAAGGAACAAAUAUUAACCGCUCCCUGCUAGCUCUUGGAAAUGUCAUUAAUGCCUUGGCAGAUCCAAAGAGCAAGAAACAGCACAUUCCUUAUCGAAACAGCAAGCUUACUCGUUUAUUGAAAGAUUCUCUUGGAGGAAAUUGCCGAACAAUAAUGAUAGCUGCUGUUAGUCCAUCUUCUAUGUUCUAUGAUGAUACAUAUAAUACUCUUAAGUAUGCAAACCGAGCAAAGGAUAUCAAGUCUUCUUUGAAGAGCAAUGUUGUUAGUUUGGACAGUCACAUAAGCCAGUAUGUUAAAAUUUGCAAUGAACAAAAGAAAGAGAUACUAAUGUUGAAAGAGAAACUGAGAGAAUAUGAAGAAAACCAAGCAAGCGUUCCUGAAAAUCAUAAUGUAGCAGCACUUUCAAAGAACCAGCAAGAGGAAAUACAAAGAUACAAAGAAAUCCUUAAAAAUGUGUUUGCAAACCGUGAGGAAAUCAGAAAAGAAUACCUCAAGUUGGAAAUGCAACUGAAAGAAAACAUGCUGAAGACAUAUUACCAGAAACAGUGUCAUGAACAAAUUCAACUGAUGUGCUCUGAAGAAAGAGUAGAAAAGGCCACUUGCAAGCGGGAUCAAAGGCUUGCAAUGCUUAGAACCCACUGUGUGCACAUGCAGAAGAAGAAAGAAGAGGAGAUUGAACAUUUUGAGGAAAAUACCAAUUGGCUGCAUCGUGUUGAGAAUGAAAUGCGCCUCCUGGGUCAAGACGGAUGUAUUCCAAAGGAACUCCGUAAAGAUCUGCAGUGUUGCCAUUUAAACCUAGAAGUUAAGGACCUGAAACUCCAGAUUGAGCACAUGUUAUCUUUGGUGUCCCUUCAAGAUCAGCAUUAUAAGCAGACAGAAAAAGUGCUAAAUACUUUGCUUCCAGUUCUUCGCAAGCAAUACCUGACUUUGAAAGAAGCUGGGUUGACAAAUAAUUUAACUGAGACUGAAUUUGGGGAGGUUGAGCAGCUGAUUCAAAGACAAAAAUCAGUAGUUUGGGCUGACCAAACUGAAGAAAAGGAACAAAAUCAAAACCAUGAACUAGAGUUGUCAACUGUCUUUGCAUUCCCACAACUUGUGAACACAUCAAACACCCCAUGCCGUACAAUUUUUGGUACACCAUCACAAGAAAUGACUAAAAAUACACAACAAAUAGUAAAAUAUGCAGUACCACCACAGAAAAGAACUAGACGCAAGUUAAUGGACUCUCCAGUCACAGCUCAAAGUCCUGCUGCAUCCAAGGUCUCCAGUCUCCAUCAUCUGGAGGAUUCUCUUACCAAGGAAGUCCGCCCUAUUGUGUAUACGCCAGAAUUUUGCAGAAAGCCAGUACAAACCUGCUGUAUGCAGACUGUGAUAAAGACAAGUCUACACCUUGCAGGCCUUCAGGAAGCUAAUGUAUGUAAUAUAGAUAUACCAGUGAAAAAGGCAAGUAUUAUGGACUCUACAUGUGACGUAAUCCCAGAGUGUGAUGAAGCUGGCAUGGACUCAACAGUGAUUAUCUAUGAAGGUCCAGGUGAAACAACUGAAACAUCUACUGACUCUAUGAAGGAGGCACAGCCAUGCAGCAAUAGCAUUCUGCAAAGACUUAGUCUCUCUUCCUUAAAAAACAAAAAUCCUACUUCAGUACUUGAGAAGCCUUCAUACAUGGCAAUGACUUCUGCUGCUCAGAGGAAAAGAAAGGUAUUAAGUUCUACAUCAAACACUGGGUUAAGCAGCCUGCAAGACCCUGUUUCUGCAAAACGCAUUCGACAAGAGGGCUUGUUAAACCAUAGAGCUUUGCAAGUACCCAAAAUAGCAGGAAUUAAAGCGAGGAGCUGGAAGCAAGAACAGGAUGUGCCAAGAAACCUGGUCAGAAGUCUUUCUGAAGGAAAUGAGGCAUUGGGUAUUAAAUCAAGGACAUCAAAAAAUAUUUUACGUCAUGCUUGUAAGAAAAAAAAUAGGAUUUAG